AUGCUCGGUGCCAAGCCAAGCAAAUUGGCCCUUCCACGCGUGCUCCGCAUGACCCCAAUGCUAAAAAAGUCUGCCACGCAAAAGUAUACUCCGCUUGUGCUUCGCAUGAAUGAUAACGCUAUUGUGGCCAAAAUUCGGCGCAUCUACUACUGCCUGACCUUCGGUCCUCGGAAAAACCAGAAUCCCCAGUCACACGGCGGCUGA